AUGAGCGAUCGGGAGGAGAAGGAUGACAAGGACGAAGAAGAAGUGUCGAUGCUUAUGUCCCAGUGCAAGAACAAGAGCCUAGAAAACGUCUCCGAACACUGCACCGGCGCCGUUCAAUCGCCAACAAUCAGCUCUAUCUGCAACUCGCCACUCCGCCCACUCUCCAACAAUGAGAAUUCUAACUCCUCUCCUCCUGGCCCAUCUUCAAGAAGUCGCCACAGCUCGAUGUCUGGCGAUCAUUGGGUGACGCCUACUCUGAGGAAAGAACUCGCCGCUGCAUUGGAGCAAAACGCCAAACUGGAAGAGAGAAUCAAAAAACUCCUCGCCGAAAUUGAUGAAAAAGACGAACGAAUAAGAAUUCUUGAAGAAGAGCAUCAGCGACAAUUUAACGCAGCUGCCGGUUUUAUUUUGAGCUCCCCUGAGCCGGCACCCAAAAGAGUUCGACGACCAAAGAGGCCAAAGAAAGUUAAAAAGUUCAUCGACGAUUAUGACGAAGAUGAGUUUUUCCACAGCUUUUCACCUGUCUCCAACGAGCAAGCUGGUCCCUCCACCUCGGUUUCUCUUCCUUCAAAGAUGUACCGGACGCAGCACAAGUCCCGAACUUAUGACAUCCUCAGCGGGCCGCCUCCAACCUCGAACUUGAAAUUCGAGCGGGGGAUUUCGACCACUCGCGUUCCGUACUAUAGAAAUAUCUAUUCUAGCGCCGAUGCAUCGAUUGUUAUGAGCACGGAAAAGCCACAAGUACCCACGUGGAGAGUGAACGAGAUCAAAUCGGAUGAAGAAGACGACGAACCGGCAACUGAUCCAGAAGAAGAUGACCUCUCUGACUCCGUCUUUCUCAAACGCCACGAAAAAGCGGAAGAGCAAGAAAGAGCGAUUAUUAAAAAGGAUCAAUCGUAUCAAAGAGAGCAGUUUUACUACUCCCGUCUCAAGAAAUCUACCAUGCCAGACCCAAAAUCGGUGAAAACGUUGUACCCCUCUUUCGACGAGAUCGAAAAGAUCAGCGUUACAAAAUCGCUUCCCCUGUCAAUCUGGGGAAGCAACUUACCCAAACUUGUCGAGCAACCAUUUUCGCUGCCCUGGCUCACCACAAUGGAGGAAGUCAAAGCCAAAACGUCGUCCACCUUAACUUAA